AUGGCAUAUACUUCUGUGUAUGUAACAAAUAAACAGGAUAAAAAAAGAAAAUCCUUUAAAGUCAAUACCAAAGCACAGAAACCAAAAUCCAGAAAUCGCUCUCAAUAUGUGAGAAAGGAUCCCCCUUCAUAUCCAGCAGGAAGUCUGGAGGAGCACUGGUGUCUGGAAAUUCUGGAAAAAGGAAAGAUUACAUGCCCCACUUGUAAGGCUGUCAUGAGGAAGACAGUAGAAGGAUUGAAAAAACAUAUGGCAAACUGCAAAGAGGAACCCUUUGUUUGCCAACACUGUGGGAAACAAUUGAAGUCUCUAGCUGGACUCAAGUACCAUUUAAUGGCAGACCAUAACAACAUGCCAAUUUUGAAAGAUGGGGAUGUAGUUGAUGAACAGUCUGAGAGAGACAGACUUCGAAAGGUGUUGAGGAGAAUGGGCAGACUGAAGUGUCUCCGUCAGGACUGUGGUGCCAGCUUCACUAGUAUAAUGGGUUACCUUUAUCACCUGAAGAAGUGUGGCAAGGAAGAAUCCGAGUUAAUAAAACAAUUGUAUAAAUGCCAACACUGUGGAAAGUUGUACAAGUCAAAGGCAGGCCUGGAUUAUCAUUUGAAAUCAGAGCAUGCCCCGUCACCAGAAAUUACAGAUGAUGAAGCUGCUGAAAAAGAAAGUGAACCAGAAGUAGAGAGAACAUCCAGCGGAAGAGUGCAGAGAAGCUCUGCGAAGCUGGCUGCUUACCACCUGCACGAAAUAGUAGCAGAUGAACUUGCUCGAGAAUGGCCCAAGAGGAAAAUCCAACGGGACCUGGUACCAGAUGAUGACAAGCUAAAGUACACACGGCCAGGCUUACCUACAUUUAGUAAUGAAGUGCUCCGCAAGUGGAAGGAUGAAAUGAAAACUUAUAAGAGAGUACAGUGUCCAAAUAAGGAUUGUGGUUCAAAUUAUACGAGCAUAUCAGGGUUGAAGGCUCAUCUCGGUUCAUGCACAAUGGGAGAGUAUGUUGUGGGAAAGUAUAAGUGUCUGCUUUGUGAAAAAGAAUUCAGCUCUGAGAGUGGAGUAAAAUAUCAUAUUAAUAACGUACACUUUGAGGACUGGUUUCUUCCCACUUCUAAAGCAGCUAAAGAAUUCAAGCCCUUGGUGAAAUUUAGCAAAAAACAGCCUAAAAUGUCAACCAAGAAAAAAUCAUCAAAAGUUGGCAAGAAACAGAAAACACAAAUUGUUUUAGUGAAAGAGGUGUCCUUCCUUAAAAAGGUCUGUGAGAGUUCUAAAGAACAUGAUCAAUAUAGGUUUACAGAUAGUGAGGAAGAACAGGAUGAACAAGAAAAGGUUGGAAACUGGCGCCUCAAAAGACCAAGUGCAAAAGCUGAAUUAAAGACUGAUCAAGCCAAGAAAUAAGCAACUCUGGAGGAUUGAAGAAUAAUGAAUGGAUUAUUUAGCUUGACACAAAACUACAAGCAUUUUGGGCAUUGAUUAAAACACAGUAACAGCUCUGCAGAUAAGUGUAAUUUGCAUUCUGUCUACUAGUUGUGUUUUUUUUUGUAAUUUUAAGUUGUGCACUCCUCUCCAUUUGUUCUUGGGAAUAAGGAAUUGGACCAGAUUAACAUUUUGGCAUACAAGGUUGGGGGAAAAAGGGGAAAAAAAAAAUCAGGUUGUGUGUGUAGAUUUAAUGAAGACUGUUUUGUGUGUAAUGUAAACCUUCCGCUUCACACUCCCUUAAUAGUUAUAGAAAUAUUGUGCUGUUUUUAAGAGGAGAAAAUUACCAAUAUCAUUUCACAUUUCAUAAGUAAGAAUCUGGAGUCUGUCAGUAUAAUUCACUGGGUAAAUAUGCUCAUUUUUGUGCACCACUGGCUUGGAAGAGGCUAGAAACCGUUGGUGCUUUGUACCGACAGUGAUCCAUUUACUUCAUAUAUUUUCCAGUCUGUCUUUUGUGCAAAGAAAGAAUUCAGGCUAGAAAUCUGUUUAACAGAAUACCACCUAUUUAGAGGGGUGCAAGGAAGACUGUGUGGUUGUAAAGAUGAACAUCUUUAUUUAUUUAGGUUUUUUGUGUAACAUUUGAAACAUUAGAAAUAUUGUCUAGCAGUGGCUAGUUACUAUGUUGUGCUGAUUUAUAAUGCCUUCAAUCUUCAGGACCAUAAGAAUACUUGUUGUAGAAUCAAGCUCAUCUUUUGACAUUUUCAUAAGAUUAAUUCUAGACUGUAGGUAGUUUUGGUGGUUCAUUGGUAGAUUUCCAAAUAAAAAUGCUCCAUUUUGUUUUGAAAGCUGUCUACAUGAACUAUGUUAAAUGCAUCAACUUAAUCUGCUUUGUCCAUUUGUUACAGAAAAUAAUAUGUAAUUCUCAAUGGUAUAAUAUUCAAUUUAUUCCAUUUAAUAGGAAUACCUCAAACCUCUUGAAUAAUGCACAUUUCUACUUUUGAUGGAUAAGUAAACUUCAGAUGGAAAAAGGACGUUUCUUUAUUAGUGUGCUGAAUGAUAGCAGUUGGAGCUGCAUCAGCAUGUCGUAAGGAAGCAGCUGUGACAUCCCAUUAAUUGGAUGUCAUGAACAAUGUAUUCUUUGAUAUGUGAUGGCUUUAAUUAUUUACAACAUAAAAUUUAUCAGAUAAUAUGGUAAACACAGUCAUUUUUUAAUAAUUUGUUCAGGUUCUCUGUCCUGUUUGUCUAAGUAUUAAAGAAGACAAGCAAAUUAAAUCUGUUUUUAGCAAUUAACCUUGGUGUAUAAACUUAAUCUCUCAAUGCCAAUUUGAUAGAGACCAGCUAAAAAGCUAAUCAUAUUCAGGGUGUAGUACUGUUAUUACUGCAAAGUAUUUUUUAAACUAUUAUUUAUGUAGCUGACAUCACAAAUAAAAGUUAUAGCAAACAUAUAAGUUCCAAGCAUCAUUACUCAGUUCUGAAUUUUUGGAAUUCUGUACCCCAGAAAUCGGUGGAUAUUCAGCCAUGGAGUAUAUUUAAGACUGAAAACAAUAAAUUUGUGGGCAUCAAAUGAAGCAUGUAGUGGGAUCAUGUGAGAAAGUUGAUUUGAGGUAGCUAUGACCUAAAUAGCAAAGCGAUUCUCAAAGCAAUUUGCUGUCUUCCAACACCCAUUCCUUAUUUGUCAACUAUCAUCAAUAAUUUUCAAUAUAGUCUUUGGAAAUGAGGAAAAAAAGCAAAUGCUGCCUGUGAAUCAUUUUAUUGAACAUACACCACACAAUGUGUCUCUUAUAAACCAGGUACAUUAUUAGAAUACUUCUCAAAAUUUGCCUUUAUCUUAGUGCAGGUAGUGACUGUAACAAUUAAAUCACUAAAUAAUCGGUGCUUUUUACAACACAAAAGGCAUAUUAAAAGCUGUUCCAGCUAUUUUCUGUUUUUUUAAUACUAGGCUUUUAUCUAUAGUGAUUUAAAUCUAUUGUUGAUACAUGACUUUUAAUGUUUGAGAAUGCAGUAAAGCAUUUUAAAUGAUAUUUAAGGUUGUGUUGGUAGUUUCUAACCCAAGAACCAGCAGGAGAUUUGUUAGAUUUAGCCUUACUUUAUUAAAAUUGUUAACAUUAAAUUUAUAUAAACACUUCUUAAUGCUUUUUUUAAAAUUGGGGACUUAAGAAUUUUACAAUCUUGCAUUACGUUUCAGUAAUAUUGUUUCUGACCAUCACUUCUAUUUGAUAUAGGCAAAUGCAUUUAAACAAUCGUAAAAUUGUAAAAGUGUACAUUAUAGUAAACAUUGCUUUCCAGGCACCUAAGACUCAAAAUGGACAAGAUGUUUGCUUAUAAUAUGAAUAUGCACAUGCAUUUGCUCAUGUUGUUGUGGUGUGAAAAUAACCUCCUGCCCAGAAUUCCUUCCAUUAUUGUCAUAAUCCAACCAUGCUACUUUGACCACCAAUAUUCUCGGCAUUUUCACAAAUGUCAUCUCGUGCUCUGUAAAAAUUUGUCCAUGUUAGACAGAAAAGAGAACAAUUAAAAUCGUUGUUAUAGCAAUGAAUUUGAGUGAGUUUGUUUCAGUGCAAAGUUCAAAGAUCUUUUGAUGAUCUUGUGAUUGUAGAGAAAGGACAAACAAAGGUAGUUAAAGGAAAAUACUGAUUAUGAAAUAACAAAAGAUGCUCCCAAAAUGACCAGCUCAGCAGGACUAAGUAAAAAUUGAAUUUUGUUUCUCUGUCCUCAGAUGUUAUUUUGCUAUUAUGACUAUGCAUUUCUCUCCAAUAUUUGUUUUCUUUGCAAACUUUCUCACUAAUGAAGGGGUUACAGUGUCACAGGCAACAAUUCAUGCCCAUUCUCAAAUGUAUUAUUUUUCGUGUUGAAUUUCUUAAACUGCAAUCAAACUCCACAGUCACUUCAGGAAAUGAACAGUAUUUGCUCACAAACCUCAUUGUGUUCAUUGUUGCUAAUGAAUUUAAACAAUAAAUUGAUUUUGAGCCAAAUUUGAUCACAGUAUCAAACAUUUGCACUUGCUGAUUUAGGGAAGGAAAGAUUUCUCCGAGAUUAAAUGGCAGCAAACUGUUGGGCUGAUACACUCGUCUGAAAUUUCAAUGGUGGGUUUAACUCAUUUACUGAGAAAAGGUUAAUUAGUAGAGGAAGUAUUAGGUUUUCCUAUACUGAGUAUCGUAUUCUCUGUAGUAUAUUUUAGGAUUUUAUUGUUUUACAAUUUUUCUUCUUUGUUAUACAUCACAUCAUACUAUGAAAUAUACAAAAAGUGAUGUGACUACACACAGCAGGUCAUUGUAUGAAAAAAAUAACAUUACUGUUUGAAUAAAAGCUCUUUAUCACAAGGGUUUCAAUCUAGAAUCUCUUUGCUGUUGUUUCCUGAUGAUGCGUUUUCCAACAGUGUUUUAAUCUACCACUUGCUACACCUGUGCAAUUAUCUGAACUUUAGCUGUCUCCCGUCAUGGACAAAAAUGUUUUUUUUUGAAGGAUGUUCUGGGAGGUCCGAUCCAGAUAAGAAGUAUCCCAGUAUAUUUAAAGAAAUGUAAUAUGUUGACAUAAUGGGUUUAACCAAUUAAUAUUGGAUAAGCUGUUGAUGAACUUUUUGUGUUGAAUAAAGUUCAAAGGUUGAGGAGAAAGAUGUGGUUACCCAGAUCUCUGGUUAUGCAGCUUCUUCAGGUGAUUACACCAUUUUGAUGCAUUGGGCAAUUGAUUUUCUUUUUAAAUAAGAGACAUGUAUUUUAUGUAUGCUCUAAUACAAAGAUCAACUAUUUGAUUUCUGGUACACAAACUAUUUAGAAGUUUAACGGUGUCUCAUAAAAGAUACUGUUUGUAUCCUUUGAAUUACCGUGGUGAAUGAAAUAAACAUGUAAAGGCCUAAUGUGAAGCACUGAAGACUUCAUGUUCACCUAGCUACUAUCCUACAAAACCACUGUAACGUUGCCUCAUUUGUGUUUUUUUUUCUUCAUUCUGAUUCAAUAUGAAAAACACGAAUGUUGUGUUCUAUUUCGUUUGUUUUAGUGGAGAAGAUCACAUUUUGAACUUGGUUUUGUUAAAACUGCUAAGCCUAGUUUAGUUAACCAUAUGUUAAGCAAUAGAACUGUACACACGAGAGAAAUUCAAAUAUUGUAAGAGAUCUUUAUUGGUUAGAUUACUAUUGACUAGUCUAUAAAUAUGAUAUUUGUUCACAGCAUCUAGAAAGUUUUUUGAUUCUGAGGCUGUUUUUGGCAAUCCUCUGAAAUCAAAAACUUCAUUAAGAAAUGUAACACCAGAUCAAUAUAUUGUACAUUUAAUUUCAAGAAAACUUUCUUUUUUUUUGAGAUCAUUCAUAAUAGAUUCAGCCUGAUCUUUCCUGUUUCUGAAAUGUUUGUCUACAUUUGUUCAGAGGUGCGAUGUGUCAUUGUUUACAUGGGUGACAAGUAGAAUAAUAUCACUUAAUUUUAGGCAUUCACUUUUUUUUAAUCUAACAUAGGGUUGUAAAAUAUUUGAUCUGAGACAUCCAAUUUGCCUACUGGCUUCCUUUUAAGGCAAUGCCGCAAACAGAUCUGUAAAGAAGUUGUACCUUGAUUACCUUUGAACUUAAACUAUGGUCAGUGUUCUUAACCACUGUCAGGGCAUCAAGUUUGGCAUUUUAAAGAUGCACUGAGGCAGCUCUUAAACUAAUCGUUUAAGUUCUAUUGGUGACCUCAAUACAGGGUUUCUUUUUUGUAAACACUUCUGUAUGUUGGAUGCAGCAAAUUUACCACAUAAAAUGUAGCUAUCACCCAAAGUAUAGUUAGAUAUCAAUGUGCUUGUAAUGUAGUUGCUGGAUUGACUUAAUAAAAAUGACUUAACUGUACAUAUUUUUGUUACUUUGUAGGUUUACUGCAAGUCUGCUGAUCUUUUAAUAAAAUUAGCAAUUCUUUCUGA